AUGAACGGACUCAGCUCUGGAGGAGUAACAAAGAAGCGCGCAAAGGUCAGCAGGGCAUGCGACAAUUGUCGCAAACGAAAGAUCAAAUGUACAGGCGACCUGCCAUGCUUCAACUGCCAGAAUUAUAGCUGCGAGUGUACAUAUUCCCGGGGCGCUCCACUCGCGCUGGUGUCAGACGGCCCCCGCAGGCACGUAAAGUCCACCACGAAAACCUCCAGUAUCGCGGAUAGCGCCAGCGAUUUCGCUUCAAUGUCCUCCAAAUCCUCGGUGUCGUCGUACUCCAACUCGACGGCGUGCUCGCAUAACGAUGCGUCCAACGGACUUUACGGGGACGACAGCCACACGAUCGAGCAAAUAAAUCUGCUCAAGAGUACGCUGCGAUGCUUGAAGGAGGCACAGCCGUCGCAACGAGUAUUGAACGCCGUCCAAAGCAUCACAGAGCAGCUCCGCGAAACAGAAGCGGCUUGGAAACCGUGUCUCGAUAUUCGAGCAAUACGUGAUGUGCCACCGACAGCCACCUCCUUGGAGACCCAACUUAUGAUCAACAAAUACUCUGACAAAGUUUCGCUUACAAAGUAUGCGACGAUACAGCCCUCACCGUUUCUGUCACGGUCAAAUGUCCUCAACCAGUAUCCUGUUCUGGAUGAUAUGUUUGGAUUGUACAGUCCGGGCCUUCUAAUGUCUAUUCGAGGUAUCGGAUUUCUAUUCAAGCACUUUUUCGACUCCGGGGUUAAAAUGUCUAGGGAAUACAAAACUACAUUGUUUUUGAUGUUGAGGUUUUUCGACGCAUGUGCCCACUUUGUCGACGUGAUGAUGCAAUCCUGUACUUCGCCUUUAAACACGUACGCGACGUUAAUGCAAGUCAACUACGAUACAAGAGAAAUAGCUAUCCAGGAACUUUUGGCCACUAUACCGAAGGAAACAAAAGUCAGCACACUAAAGUUGUUCCCGCAUCUCGGUUGCCCUCCCAGUUCAAGUGACAGUCUGGGCAUGUUUCACUGGAUUACGCGGAUGAUGUUCGUCUCUUGUGUGGAUUCUGUGUGUAAACCUCCAAAUUGCGACAACUACUUGAGUCUUAAGUCAGAUAUUGAACAAUUCAUGCAUACUCAGGAAGUUUUAUCGGUUCUUGGCUUCGAAUUUUUUAAUAACACCACUUACACUCCCGCAGGUAACUUGGACUACUUGGAUACCCUAGUCUUUUUCAUCAAGCACCAGUACUGCUUAUCUGAGUACCAUGUUAUUCCUCACCUGGUUUCUAGGCUUGUAAGCUACUCUCAGAACAUGGGCAUUCACCGUUGGGAGUAUUACGUUGGCAUGGAUGAACUUACGGCAGAGCGGCGAAGACGAGUGUGGUGGAGUUGUUUUUGUUGGGACAUAAUGGGCUCUAUUUUGAGUGGUAAACAAGCAAUGAUAUCAACAUCGAGCGUGAGUUGCCUGCUCCCUGAGUAUUUCAGAAAUGUCGGAAUAUUGGAACCAGACGAACUUUUACGCAAGAUCGCCUCUCUUGAGGAGCUUCCCUCCGGAAGUAUUACAGACAAGAUCGAAUUUUGCGGUACGUCACUGGCAAUUGUCAUAGCAGACUUUUUCCAGAACGUCUUAUACAGUAAGAAGAACACAUGCUUCGAGAAUACUGCCAAGCCGAGCUCACUGAGGGAUAAGAUAAUUUCUGACUUGAUAAGAGACGUUCAGACUUUUACAGAAAGGAUCACAGGGGUGGAAAAACUCGCGAAGCAAUUGCAAGACUUUUCAGAGCUUCACGCCAACGACUGCCCUAUGGACUUAAAUGCAGGGGAGAGAAAAACUCCGCCACGGCUUGCAAUCUUUAUUGACUUUGCAAGGGCGAUUUGCUUGGGGUCCGUAGAGCAUCUAUAUGCCCGGUUCAAAGUAAAUGACUUUCCGCGUCCAAUACAAGAGUCACUCAACGCUUACAGGCUCUCAAUACAUACGUCUUGGCGGUCUGUCAUCACGGCCAUAGGCAACGGAAACAUCGAUCACGUUUGGCUGGCGCUAUCGUGCGGGAGCAUCCUUUCCCUUUCUGUGCUCACAGACCUUUUUACCCAGAAAACCAGAGACACAAUGCAGGAUAUAAGGCUCAUUCUCAAUGCAUCAACUUUCUUGGACAAGUUAUCAUUCCUGGAGCAUUGUAGCGGCAAGAUAGGGGAGACAAGCAGAUUGUUGCGGACGUUUACAAAGUGGAAAACACUUUUCCAAAUUUUGGUAAGAAUAGGGCUUCAACUUUACAUGCGAACAUCACAAUUGACCAUUGCAGCCUUCCUCGAUCUUUUAGCCGUUGAAGACGCGGAACUGGUCUGUACUGCUACUCGAAUCCUAAUGUUAUCACAAGAUACUUUCACAGCGUGUCACAACACCAAAGACAAAACGUCUUGGCAUGUGAACGUCGAGCGAUCAGUUGAGCAGGCCCAGGCCUUGGUGAACCCUGAUCGCUUUCCAGAUGCAAAUGCUGAUCUCACGCAUCCGCUAAUAGAAACGUGGUCUCACCCUUGUACCUCGCCAAGUGGAAAUAUUCCAGCCGAAAAGUCAAAAACCAAAGAAGCUACACUUCCAUUGUCUCCUCCAAUAAAUUUCAAUUUAGGCUCGCUGGACGAUUUCCUGAACUUUGGUGAGGACGACCUAUACAACAAACUGUGGAGUGACAUUAAUAUUGAUAUCCUUGACUUGGUAUCCUCAAACUCAGGCCCCUGA